CUGUGUUCACGUCCCAUCAUGUUGGUGCACUUAUUUCGGGUCGGAAUUCGGCGUGGCUCUGUCCCAGGCAGGCUGAUACUACCCCUCAGCUUCCAGAUAUUCUCGGCCGUCAGGUGCUCUGAUGGCCGCCACAGCUUCUACCUCCUCAGGGCCAUGGCCCAGCUGCGCUCCCAGCUCCGGGCUUGCCUCCUUCGAGCGCCUCCAGCUCCAAGCCAAAGACCCUCUGCCUGGCGCUGGGUCGGGGGCGUCCUUCUGGGCCCCGUGCUGCUGAGUAAGUGCCCCCGCCUCUGCCCUGUGGCGCUGUGUGAGGCAGAAGAGGCCCCUCUUGCCGGCUCUAAGCCUUGUGUCGAGAACUCCCGCUUUAACUGGAAGCUCUUCUGGCAAUUUCUGCGCCCCCACCUGCUGGUCCUGGCGGUGGCCAUCAUGCUGGCACUGGGUGCAGCCCUGGUGAAUGUGCAGAUCCCCCUGCUCCUGGGCCAGCUGGUAGAGAUCGUGGCCAAGUACACGCGGGACCAUGUGGGUAGCUUCCUGACUGAGUCCCGGAGUCUCGGCACCUACCUGCUCAUCCUCUAUGGCAUUCAGGGCCUGCUGACCUUCGGGUACCUGGUGCUGCUGUCCCGCAUCGGCGAGCGCAUGGCCGAGGACAUGCGGAGGGCUCUCUUCAGCAACCUGCUCCGACAAGAUAUUGCUUUCUUUGAUGCUAAAAAGACAGGGCAGCUGGUGAGCCGACUGACAACCGAUGUGCAGGAGUUUAAGUCGUCCUUCAAACUCGUCAUCUCCCAGGGGCUGCGAAGCUGCACCCAGGUGGCUGGCUGCCUGGUGUCCCUGUCUAUGCUGUCCCCCCGCCUCACGCUGCUGCUGCUGGUGGCCACACCCACCCUCAUGGGAGUUGGCACCCUACUGGGCUCAGCUCUCCGCAGACUGUCUCGCCAAUGUCAGGAGCAGAUAGCGAGGGCGACAGGCGUAGCAGAUGAGGCCCUGGGCAACGUCCGGACCGUGCGGGCCUUCGCCAUGGAGCAUCGGGAAGAGGAACGCUACGGAGCAGAGCUGGAGGAGUCCCGCAGUAAGGCAGAGGAGCUGGGCAGGGGCAUCGCCUUGUUCCAGGGGCUCUCCAACAUUGCCUUCAACUGCAUGGUCUUGGGCACCCUAUUUGUUGGGGGUUCCCUCGUGGCUGGGCAGGAGCUGACAGGAGGAGACCUCAUGUCCUUCUUGGUGGCAUCCCAGACAGUGCAGAGGUCCAUGGCCAACCUCUCUGUCCUGUUCGGCCAGGUGGUGCGGGGACUCAGCGCGGGUGCUCGGGUCUUUGAGUACAUGACCCUGAGCCCGCGCAUUCCGCUGGCUGGGGGCUACUGCAUCCCCAGGGAGCACCUGCACGGGGCCAUCACGUUCCACAACGUGUGCUUCAGUUACCCCUGCCGCCCCGGCUUCCAGGUGCUCAAAGACUUCACCCUCACGCUGCCCCCUGGCAAGAUCGUGGCCCUUGUGGGGCAGUCCGGUGGAGGAAAGACCACGGUUGCUUCCCUGCUCGAGCGCUUCUACGACCCCACGGCCGGCGCAGUGACCCUGGAUGGGCGGGACCUGCGGACCCUCGAUCCCUCCUGGCUCCGGGGCCAGGUGAUCGGCUUCAUCAGCCAGGAGCCAGUCCUGUUCGGAACGACAAUCAUGGAGAACAUCCGUUUUGGGAAGCUGGGCGCCUCGGAUGAGGAGGUUUACACAGCUGCCCAGGAGGCCAAUGCCCACGAGUUCAUCCGCAGCUUCCCCGAGGGCUACAACACCAUCGUCGGUGAGCGGGGCGCAACCCUGUCUGGUGGCCAGAAGCAGCGCCUCGCCAUCGCCCGUGCCCUCGUCAAGCAGCCCACCGUGCUGAUCCUGGAUGAGGCGACCAGCGCACUAGACUCGGAGUCCGAGCGCGUCGUGCAGGAGGCCCUGGACCGCGCCAGCGCCGGCCGCACGGUGUUGGUCAUCGCGCACCGGCUCAGCACCGUGCGGGGGGCCCACCACAUCGUCGUCAUGGCCCACGGUCGAGUCUGCGAGGCGGGGACCCAUGAAGAGCUCCUGAAGAAGGGCGGGCUCUACGCGGAGCUCAUCCGGAGACAGGCGCUGGAUGUCCCAGCUCCCGAGAUGCCCAGAGACCCCAGGACCCGCCACGCCAAGUCCUGAGAGCGGCUGUUGAAGGGCUCCUUGCUGCCGAGCACCGGCGCCCAGGACUGGGGCUCACCUCGGGAGCUCCCAGGGACCAAACACCCAGGAAGCUGGGGUGUGGGCUGCUGCUCCCCAGCUCACAGUGCAACCUGGGCCUCUCGCUAAGCUGGGGGGGGGUGGUGAGGAGUGGGACCACUCCCGGCCCCCUGCUUCCCCCCCCUGCCUGCCUCCCUCCCUCCCACCAGAGACAUGAGUCAUUAGGCUGCACAGAGGGGGCGGCAGAAUCCCCAGGUCCCUGCUCUGGUCCUUCCCUCUUCCCAGACCCUCCCGGCCCUUCCCAAGAACCCUGCCAAGUUACCCCCCUGCCUGAUAGCCGAAAAGCGCCCAAGCCCUGCCUCUGUAUAAACCAGUGCCAGGGAGCAGGGACAGGAGUUCACACUAGAGUUCCCCACACCCAGCAGGACCUCACCUUCCUGGCCGAGCCCCCUCUGCGCUCCGUCCCCACUGCCUCUCUGAGCCCCGGGAGAAGGAGCCGGCCCCUUGGGCCAGCGCCUUGAACCCAAGUUCUCCUCCUGAGAACAGCUUCCCCUCCUGCUCCCCACUCUGUGAAUCACGGCCCUUUUUCUAGACUGCAUCCCCCCCCACACACACACACACACUCCCGUCCAGCGAAACAGGUGCCCCACGUGCCCCCGGCCCCUGGGAAGGGGGGGAGGGGCAUGGCGCGCCUCAGUCUGUUCCACGAGGAGCUUCCGGCUCACCGGGCCGACUCACCCCUGCCCUGGCCCCGUGCACCUCAUCCCCGCCACCCUGUGAGGUGGUGGACACCCUCCCACACGAGGAUACCCAGUUCUGAAGGAGACUGAGCGGGAGCCGGCACACACCCCAGACUCCAGCCGUGGGGGUCAUAUGGUGCUAGCAGCCACCAAACCUCUGGGGAGAAGGCAGUGCUUUGCCCCCAGGCUCACAAACUCGGUUGGAUUCAUCCUGUGGCGCUGAAGGGCAGUGCCCUGUUCCUGGGCGGCAGCCAUGGUAGGACGAGCAGAGCCCGCUGUAGCCAGAGGCCAGCCUGGAAGAAGCAGCAGGUGUGCGUGCAGGAGCCUGGGGUUAGAGGCCCUCUUCUGGGUGUGGCUUGGGAGCACAUGCUACUCUGGGGACAAAGCACCUGAAAUGUCCCAGGGCCACAGCCACCCUGGUUUGAUACCUGCUUCCUCACUGAUCAGAGGUCACUUCUGGGGUGGCCGCAGCCCAGGGUGGGGCAGAGCACAGACUGGCCCACCCAGGAAGGGCAGCCCCGAGCCAGCCUCAGCUCCCAGCCAAGUCCACGCCGGCCUGCCUGACCCCUCGGGUUCCUGCUCCCCCAGCCCCCCCAGAGACCCCUCCUGACACCAGACUCCGGUCUCCCCAGACCUCUUCCAGGCAGCCUCCCCAAGUCCUAGCACCCUCCACCGCCACCCCAGGGAAGUAGUGAGGUCUGUGGUGGGCCUUGAGCCGGAAGGCUGUGCGGUCAGCCUCACGCUCGCCAUGUGGCCUCGGCCUCAACCGUGGCUCCUGCAACUUAAACGUGGGUCGUAAGCCUGGCGGUACCUCAUCUUGAGAGUUUAAGAGUUGAAACGGGAUAGUCUGUGGUCAAGUACUUAAAACUCCCCAUGCUGCAGCCUCAGAAGCCAGUCACGUGUACAAUAAAGCGUGGUUCACCUCCUUCCAAGA